UACCUCAUAACCCUAAUAAAAAAGAAGGCCUGAGAAAUUAAAAAAAGAAGAGAAAUUAGCCCGGUUAUUGUGGGUUGAAGGACGACUAACAGUGAAAAACGUCAGUUCUGACUGCCAGUGGAUGUGAUAUCUGAAAUGAAAUGAAAUCCCAACUCAAGGGCCAACAGUCACCAUCUCUAAACGACACUACAGUGAAACUGUUUAAAUCUUUACAUGGUAUUUCUACCUCGCAAAGCUAACCGUUUUGGCACCUCAAAACUCAUGGUGGUUCAGGUUAAUUUCUUUUUUCCUUUUUCUCUUUUCCUCAAUUCCCCCACUAAACAAAAUACAUACAGCCAAAAUAGUAGUCUAAUCUUUGCCUCCUUGCCCUUGUGAUCACCCAAACAUUAUUAUCAUUAUUAAUAAAGAAAGAUAGAAAGGGAAAAAAAUGAAGGAAAAAGAGACUUCAUUUUGCUUUGUGUAUGUGUUUUGUUAUUUCUCUGGUUAAUUUUUCUAGGUUUUGUGCGGAACUUGGGCAAAUUCUUGCAGGUUGAUGCUGUUUUGAAGGGAUUGUGCUGUUUUUAUUCUAUUAUAUCAUACUCUUGUAAGUGCUUUGAUUUGUGCAUAACACCAAAAAAAUUCCUUCCAGUCUUAGGUUAUAUAUAAAAAUUAAUUAUUAUCAGUUUUCGACUGAAAAAGGUACGAGCCAUGAUGGUAAACUGAUCAGACUGAAAUUAAACUGCAUGAUAUAUAAAUAUUUACACAUACCCACCUCCAUUUAUAUAAGCUGCAGAACCAGAAAGCCUCUCUUGCUUGCAAAGUGGAAGAAGAAUGAGUGUUGAAGGGUGGUGAAGAUGAUGAGAGAAGGAGGUGAUUUAGGAGGGAGUAAAAGAUGUCAAGACUGUGGCAACCAAGCGAAGAAAAACUGUCUGUACAUGAGAUGCAGGAGUUGCUGUAAAAAGAGAGGGUUUCAAUGCCAAACUCACAUCAACAGUACUUGGAUUCCUGCUUAUAGAAGGCGCCAGCAGUAUCAUCAACAGCUUCUUACUAUUCAAGAAGCACAGCAGCAGCACCUACAUCUUCAGGAACAAAACCCUAAAAGGCUUAGAGAAAAUAUUUCUUCAUCAUCAGGGUUACAAGUGGGGAGUUUUCCAGCAGAAAUGAGCUCAAGUGCUACAUUUCACUGUGUUAGAGUGAGCUCCAUUGAUGAUGCAAUUGAUCAGUAUGCAUAUCAGACAAGUGUGAGUAUUGGAGGACAUAUUUUCAAGGGAAUUCUCUAUGAUCAAGGCCCUGAUCAAAGCAACAAUUACACUGCGGGUGAGAGCUCUUCCAGUGAGCCACAUCAACAACAUGAUCCAUUUAAUAUUGCUGCUACUGAUCUAAACACCACCAUUUCAGCUCCUACAAGGAAUGACUAUCCUCCUCCUUAUACAUUCCCUUUCAGCCCUUUCAUGACCGGUACGCAAUUUUUCCCACACCCGAAAUCUUAACAACGAGCAAUACAACAAUAUGUUCCUGCACUUUUGAGCACAAAAUUUGGUACAUAGAUAAUAUAUAAUUAUGUGAUUGGUUGUGACUUUAUUCUUAAUUUAAAAUUAUUCAAUCACAUGAUAAUAUAUCAUUUAUCUAUCCAAUUAUAUACUCAAAAAUGUGUAUACAUAAUUUUAUUGAAUCUUAUUAAGUUUGGUUGUAUCUUUUAUCAAGAACAUCAUCAUGUCAUUUUUUUUCUUAUUCUUGUUAUUGUUGUUGCCCUAGCAAGAAUGAUA